UUAUAAUCUCUGCUUGGCCAUUGGCGUUAGUAAUUGGCCCCCUUUAUCUCUGCUAAUCUCUGGCAGUACUCUGAGAACUGUAAUAUUGUUCUUCAGUGUCAAUGUAUUAAUUAUUGUAAAAAACUUCAACAUUUCUGCAGUUUGUGGGUUGACUUUGCAUUUGUAAUCUGUAUUUACAAAAUUCUCACAUUGAGAAUGUCUUUGGAUCAGACAGUUUGCGAAGAUCUCAAAGCUUUCGAAAGAAGGCUCACGGAAGUUAUAGCCAGCCUACAGCCAUCUACACGGAGAUGGAGGAUACUACUUGGAUUUAUAUCUGUAUGCACAGCAGUGGGAGCAUGGCAUUGGCUCACAGAUCCAAAUACCUCAGCUGUUUCGUUCACACAGAGUCUUUAUAAUCAUCCUAUCUUUGCGUUAGCCAGUAUUUUUCUUGUCGUACUAUUCCUUCUGGGUGUCCACAGAAGAGUAAUAGCUCCCAGUAUCAUAACCCAGAGAGCAAGAGGUGUUUUAGGUGAUUUCAACAUGAGUUGUGACGAUACAGGAAAAUUAAUUCUGAAACCAACACGAACGCCUCAUCCACACGAGACCUGAGACUAUCCUUAACAUAAGUAUAUUAUUUUAUCAAUACAAUAAGCCUGUCGCUUUCCACUGAUAAGUUGAGUUAUCAUUUAGGAAUAAAAAAACCAUGUUUUCUAUGAUCUCAGUAAUAAGAACCAUUGAAUUGCGCAGGUUCAAGAAAUUGAAUGAUCAAAUGAGUCAUCAACUCUUGACGUCUUCCUUAAAAUUCAAAGUGGAAAUUUAAACAAUUAUCGGAGAUCAAAAAUCCUAAUUUUCAUUUCGACAAUAAUAAAUCACCAAAUUGCUUAAGUGGAUCCGGAGAAUCCUCUUAGAACGAAUAAAAUUCACUUAAGCCUAGUGGUUAUGUGUUUAUUAAGAAUAAAUUGUUUCCGACAAAUAAUACGAGUGAUUUGUCCGCCGAAAACAUUUAUUAUUAAUUGAAUUUAUACACAAUUAUGGAGUAAUCAUUUCUAAAAAUUUCUCUUCAUUUCCCUAACAUUUCAUUCAUUUAAAUUAAUAAUUAUAGGGGGCCUAAACAAACAAAUGUUUUUGUAUCUACGAUUCUAUUGAAAUAAAUUCCAUGUUCUGCGAUU